ACCGUGUCCGAACCACGUCGGACACAAAUGACGACGGACUGGUUUCUUAACAGCUCGCAUGUUUUUGGUUUUCACUCUGAAGGUUUUUCAUCUUUAUGGAAAGAAACUGAGCCGCAGCUGAACGCCUGAUGCUUGUUUUUCGUUAACAUACAGCUUAACGGAUAACCAGCGUUUAAAGCAUGAAUCCUGUCAUUCGAAAGUUGCAGGUUUCCCUUGCACAGCAUUCACUUCUGUUGACUCAAACGUCAGCAUUUCUAAACCGGGCUUCAGCAUCCAUCCAGCAUCCUCUUUGUGGUGGCGUGGCUCCUGGAAAUGAAAGGCACUACAGAUCCAUGCCGACUCAUGGGAUUGGCAGGUGGAGGCAUCUGUUACCUAAGGAAGCGCCCAAGAAAAAGAAAGACAAGCACCAGAUGAAACAGAUCGCAGCAGCGACAAACACAGAGUACGGGACUCUGAACGUGAAGGUGUCGGGUUACGACAUGACGGUGGUGGAGCAUUACUCCCAGUACAUCCACAACCUCUGCAACCGGCUGGGCAUCAAAGUGGCUGAAAGCUAUGCUUUGCCAACCAAAACCACAGAGGUCAUGCUGAUGCAAGAGCAAGGCACCAAGAUGUAUGUCGAUGCCGUCCUGAAGACGCACGAGCGAAUCGUCCAGCUCAGUCAUUUGAACGCCGCGCUUUGUCCCACCUUCAUGGAUGUCAUUUUGAAGAAUCAACCCGAGGGGAUUGAACUUUGCAUAAAAGAGCACACUGCGGCAGAUUACCAAGUGCGGUUCAAGGCACGUCCGGAGCUGGAGGGGCUUAUCGCACAGAUGGGCCAAAAGGACCACUAACACGCUGAAGUUUGAUUGUCCUGAUCGCCAAGAUUAUAUCUGACACGUGUUUUACACCAGUCUGAAUCCUGGUGAACGGGAGCAAAUCUGGAUUGUCUGAAUUUAAGUUAAUUGUAUUCAUUUCUAUUAAAAGAAUCUGAAAUUC